GGUUCACUUACUCAUGCGCAGGAUCGAUAGUGGGCCAUUCUGCUCAGUAGCAAUUGGUUGAGAGGUUUCUGUCGUUGUGGUAAUGAGAGUUGUGGGUGUGAAGAACUUUGACAGAUUCACUGGGACUAGCACAGGCUGAUCGUGAUUGAGAAGCAUUACGCAUUAGUUUUCAACUCUCAACAUCAAGAUAGUGAUGUCCAGUCUUUACUGCCAAUUAAAAUUCUAUGUCAUUCUAGAGUGUACUCAUCCUGAGGUGAAUCGUUUGGUGAGACUAGGUGCUCUUGUUGUUAGUGGUUCAUCUGAAUUUAUGAUUGUUGCGCUAUUGUAUUCGAUUCAUCUUCGUGUAGGCUUCCUGAUCGAAACAGUCAUCAUUAUGUAGGAUAAGACUGCAACCAAGGAAGGCAAAUCGAUCGACACUCGUCAUGCCAACCAGUAUGUCGGAUGCCAGGGUCAACGCUGGAAUCGUCGCAGCCACACAAGUGUUUAUCAAGAGGAGAAAGGUGAAAGCGUAUUUUGAAAAGAAGACCUGGUUACUGGAUACUGUUUAAAGGGCGUAGCUUUGGAGCGUCAUCGUGCUCGAAUGCAUAUGCAAAACACGUCGCUUUAGCGUGUCCGUAAUGUUGUCUCGACCCAACAUUCUUAAAUGACUGAAUUCCGCAAUGUUAUAACUAUGAAGUGCAGGCUAUUCAGGAUUUGAGUUGAGAAGGACUGUUUUGUAAUUGUCAGAUUCACAACUUAAGGGGGGAUUGGUCAGCUCCCUCCACUAACAUUUUGUAAAUGUGUGAUUCGUCGAUUGUCUGUUGCUUUCCUACUCUUACGAUAUUCUAUGAGUAGUAUAGUAUCUGCCUGACUUACAGAUUGCUUCAGGGAUCUUCAGGGCAUCCUUUGCGCUUACUUAGAGGUUCUCUCAACUUAAUCAGCUAUUCAGAGGCUGCCGUGGGUUUAAAGCGGGGUUUGUGGCCUUGACUUUCGAGAGCGAACGAUAUUGUUUCGAAUGAAUCCAGAUACGAAUAUAGCUGGGGUGCGCAGGAGAAAGUGUAUGAUAUGCCUUCGCCAGGGUACUCGCCAAAUUGAAGAUCCAAUGAAUGGUAAUUAACGAAGAGCGUUCUAGCAGAGGAAGAGGAGAGAUUUUAAAAGGAUUUAUUAGACAAGUGGAUCCCGACAUGUCACUCCUAUAUCCACACUCAUCUCACACAACUUUAGAAGUUUUCACAAAGCACACGGGCUGCUGCGGAGUGAGCAGUCAGCUUCAAGGAAAUAUCCGUCUGUGAUUGAGUCACAUCUAGUUGCUCGCCUCACGAUGGCAGACGUCGGCUCUAGAUCACGACAGUGGAGGGCAUUGGCACUGAAAUCGCUGGCUCUAUCGAUAUCGGCCAUCCUCCUCAUCUGCGUCCUAGAUAGUGCGACAUCCUCAACACUGUCACAAAUUUCACUACCAGCCAACACUGCUCCAUUCAAAAACCAAGACAGCAACUUCUACCAUCAAGCUGAAUAUCGCUUUGGGCAUCGAUCAUUCCGUCGAAUUCUGAUUGAAGAUCCCCGUGUCCGUCCUGCUCCUAGAAGCUAUCCCCCUCCCAGGGGCAACGUUGCUAAUUAUCCUAAUGAUGUGAAAGAUCCGCCACCCUCUAAACCUUCACCUCCUAUACAUCCUUAGCGGAUCUCGGGCUAUGAUUUUGACAAUAGCUUACAAAUUUUGGAGACUUUGAACACAUCUUAGUGCUGGUUUAGUAUUGUCGACCGUUACUUGUAGAUUGAGCAUUACUGCAAUAGCAUGUCUUCGCGGCAGCCGCCCUAACCCAAGCCAGAAUUUUAUGUGGCAAAUGCGUAAUCUAUGGUUAGAGGCUACAUUGUUACAGUGACCUAAAUACUGUUUUGUUUGAGGUGAUACUGUGCGCAUAUCCUGCAUUGAUGACCGAUUAAAUUUCGGGCAGCAAAGCUUUACCACUGAUAUCUGUUUUCAUAGUUUUGUAUUCGCAAACUAACAAAAUUCAUUGCGAACUGGUGAACUGAUGUAAACUGGAUUGCUACAAGCUUUAUUACCAAGGAAAGAAAUCAAAUGCUGGUUGAAGAGCAAUUUGUUA